AUGAUAUUAGGAAAGAGACUGAAACGUGGUGCUCUAACUGACUCACAUAAGCAAGCAAGUGCAUCAACAUCAGACAGAUCACGGAGGAUGGAACAACAUGGCUGCGCUCUUCCAGCUCCUAUGAUAUUAUCAAUAAUACUUAGAAUAUUUCCACAUAUUCGUAGUUGGGGGACAAUUCUACUAGGGCAUGUGCCACGUGGUGGAGGAGGUGGCGGUGAUGGGGGACUUCUUGGUAGAGGAAUUGGUGGAGGAGUUCGUGAAGAAGGUGUUGGAGGAGAAAUUGGUGGUGUUCGUGGAGAAGAAUUUGGUGGAGAUACUGGCGGUGUUUGUGGAAGAGAAGUUGGUGGAGUUCUUGGUGGAGAAACUGGUGAUGUUUGUGAAGGAGCCAUUGGUGAAUUAUUUGGCGGAGAGGUUGGUGGCACACGCGGAGGAAAAGUAGGUGGAGUUCUUGGUGGAGGGACUGGUGGUGUCCGUGGAGAAGCUAUAGGUGGACUACUUGGCAGAGAGGUCGCUGGCAUAGUCGGUGGGGCAAGUGGAGGAGAAGUUGGUGGAAGGAUUGGUGGUGUCCGUGGAGGAGCCAUUGGUGGACUCCUUGGCGGAGAGGCCGGCGGCGCACGUGGAGGAGAAGUUGGUGAAGUUUUUGGUGGAGAGGCUGGUGGUAUCCGUGGAGGAGCCAUUGGUGGACUUUUUGGCGGAGAGGUCGGUAGUGCACGCGGAGGAGAAGUUGGUGGAGUUCUUGGUGGAGGGACUGGUGGUGUUCGUGGAGAAACCAUUGGUGGACUCUUUGGCGGAGAGGUUGGUGGCGCACGUGGAGGAGAAGUUGGUGGAGUUCUUGGUGGAGAGACUGGUGGUGUUUGUAGAGGAGUCAUUGGUGGACUCCUUGGCGGAGAGGUUGGUGGCGCACGUGGAGGAGGAGUUGGUGGAGUUCUUAGUAGAGGGAUUGGUGAUGUUCGUGGAGGAGCCAUUGGUGGACUCUUUGGCGGAGAGGUUGGUGGCUCACGUGGAGGAGAAGUUGGUGGAGUUUUAGGUGGAGGAACUGGUGGUGUUCGUGGAGGAGCCAUUGGUGGACUCCUUGGCGGAGAGGCUGGUGGCGCACGUGGAGGAGGAGUCGGUGGAGUUCUUGGUGGAGGGACUAGUGGUGUUUGUGGAGGAGCCAUUGGUAAAUUCUUUGGCGGAGAGAUCGGUGGUGCACGUGGUGGAGGAGUCGGUGGAAUUCUUGGUAGAGCGAUUGGUGGUGUCUGUGGAAGAGUUAUUGGUGGACUUUUUGGCGGAGAGGUUGGUGGCACAAGUGGAGGAGAAGUUGGUGGUGUUCGUGGAGGAGCCAUUGGUGAACUCCUUGGCGGAGAGGUUGGUGGCGCACGUGGAGGAGAAUUCGGUGGAGUUCUUGGUGGAGGGAUUGGUGGUGCCCGUGGAGGAGCCAUUGGUGGACUCUUUGGCGAAAAGAUUGGUGGUGCACGCGGUGGAGGAGUCGGUAGAGUUCUUGGUGGAGCGAUUGGUGGUGUCUGUGGAGGAGCCAUUGGUGGACUUUUUGGCGGAGAGGUUGGUGGCACACGUGGAGGAAAAGUUGGUGGUGUUCGUGGAGGAGCCAUUGGUAGACUCCUUGGCGGAGAGACUGGUGGCGCACGUGGAGGAGAAGUCGGUGGAGUUCUUGGUGGAGGGAUUGGUGGUGCCUGUGGAGGAGCCAUUGGUGGACUCUUUGGCGGAGAUAUCGGUGGUGCACGCGGUGGAGAAGUCGGUGGAGUUCUUGGUGGAGCGACUGGUGGUGUCUGCGGAGGAGCUAUUGGUGGACUUUUUGGCGGAGAGGUUGGUGGUACACGUGGAGGAGAAGUUGGUGGUGUUCGUGGAGGAGCCAUUGGUGGACUCCUUGGCGGAGAGGCUGGUGGCGCACGUGGAGGAGAAGUCGGUGGACUCUUUGGCGGAGAGAUCGGUGGUGCACGUAGAGGAGGAAUUGGUGGAGAGACUGGAGGUGUCUGUGGAGGAGCCAUUGGUGGAUUCUUUGGCGGAGAGGUUGGUGGCACACGUGGCGGAGAAGUUGGUGGAGUUCUUGGUGGAGAGACUGAUGGUGUUCGUGGAGGAGCCAUUGGUGGACUUCUUGAUGGAGAGAUUGGUGGCGCACCGGGAGGAAAAGUCGAUGGAGUUCUUGGUGGAGGGACUGGUGGUGUUCGUGGAGGAGCCAUUGGUGGAGUUGAUGGUGGAGGAACUGGUCGUGGAGGAAUCGUUGGUGGACUUCUUGGGUUUGGUGGUGGAGGUGUGCGGGGACGGGUUGGUCUAUUUGCUUCCGUCUGGCCGAAAAUGACGAUGGUAAGUACAAAAAAUAAAGCUACACUUGCUUGUGAAUAUUUUGGAUCUAUUUUCUUCAUCGUGAUAUGUCUUCGAAGGAGGACUAUUGUAUACGGUUAUUGUUUAUCUAACAAG